CACUGGACGGGGACACUGGGGACACUGGGAGGCGGCACCGGGGGCGCCCGUCCCCCCGCCCCCCAUCCCCGGGGCUGCCCCCACCCCCGUGCCUCAGUUUCCCCCCACUGAGCUCAGCCCCCCGCAGCCCGGGGCGGGGCGGGGGACGGUCCCCUCAGCCCCGCAGCCCCUCCGGGCGCCCACCGCGAUGCCGGGGGUCCCGCUGCCCCUCGUCCUGCUCCUCCUCAUCCCGGGGGGGUCGGUAGCGACAUUCCCUCGGGAUCUGCUGCCGCGCAGCACCGUGGGGCUGGCAGCCACCGCCGCCUACCCCCGCUUCGGGGGUCUCCGGGGGGACAACCUGACCGCGCAGCUCGGGCUCGGCUUCCAGCGCAUGUUGCGGCUCAACCGGACCCUCCUGCUGGCGGCGCGGGAUCACAUCUACGCCUUCGACCUGGGGCAGGACGCGGGGACACUGACCCCCCAGCGGCACCUCACCUGGGAGACACGGGACAGGGAGCACUGUGCCAUGCGGGGCCGGCUGCAGGACGAGUGUCACAACUACAUCCGUGUCCUGGUGCCCCGCGACGCCGGGACCCUCCUGGUCUGCGGCACCAACGGCUUCAGCCCCCUCUGCCGCACCUACCAGGUGAGCAGCCUGGCACAGGAGGGCGAGGAGCUGAGCGGCCAAGCCCGGUGCCCCUUCGAUGCCAAGCAGAGCGUCGUCGCCCUCUUCGUCGACGGCAGCCUGUACUCGGCCACCGUGGCUGAUUUCCAGGCCAGUGACGCGGUGAUUUACCGCAGCCUGAGCCCCGGGCGGCCCCCCCUGCGCAGCCUCAAGUACAGCUCCCGCUGGCUGCAGGAACCCCACUUUGUCCAGGCACUGCCCUACGGCCCCUACGUCUACUUCUUCUUCAGGGAGGUGGCAGUGGAGCUCAGCAGCCUGGGCAAGGUGGUGGUGGCCCGGGUGGCCCGGGUGUGCCGCAACGACGCGGGGGGCUCCCCGCGGGCGCUGGAGCGGCGCUGGACGUCCUUCCUGAAGGUGCGGCUGCUCUGCGCCCUCCCCGGGGACACCGACUUCUACUUCGACGUCCUGGAGGCCGUGACCCCCCCCCGGGCCCUGCACGGGCGCCCCGCUGUGCUCGCCCUCUUCGGCACCCAGCCCAACAGCAUCCCCGGCUCCGCUGUUUGUGCCUUCUACCUGGGGGACGUGGAGCGGGCGUUCGAGGGACCCUUCGCUGAGCCCCGCGGCGCCGCCGGCACCUGGGGCCCCGUGCCCGAGGACAGGGUGCCCCAGCCCAGGCCCGGGUGCUGUGCUGGGAUGGGACCUGCCAGUGGCUUUGUCACCUCUGGGGACUUCCCUGACGAGACGUUGGCCUUUGCCAAGGAGCACCCGCUGCUGCACGGAGCCGUGGCACCCGCCGGCGGGCGGCCCCUCGUCACCCGCACCGGCAGCCGGCUGACGCAGCUGGCAGCGGACACGGGCGCGGGGCCGCGGGGGGACCAGACCGUGCUCUUCCUGGGCACCGAGGACGGGCGGGUGCUGAAGGUCCUGGUGGCCACACGACCCCCUGGGGCCACCCGGCACCCUGGUGGCACCCCAGCACCCAGUGACAGCCGGGGUCCUGGGGACGCUGGGGACACUGGCUCCGAGACGCUGCUGCUGGAGGAGAUCAGCCUCUAUGACCCUGGGCGGUGCCGGGGGCCGCGCGGUGCCAGCCGGGUGCUGGGGCUGGAGCUGAACCCCCCGGGCCGGGAGCUCCUCGUCGCCUUCGCCGGGUGCCUGGUGCGGCUGCCCCUGAGCCGCUGCGCCCGCCACGGAGCCUGCCGCAGGAGCUGCCUGGCUGCCCGUGACCCCUACUGUGUCUGGCUGCCCCCCGGGGGCUGCGUCCCCUUCUCUGAGGACCUCCCGACCGGCUUCGAGCAAGACAUGGAGGGAUCCACUGGGAUCACUGGGACCUGCCAAGAUGCACCAGCUGCAGGGGACGGUGACAGAGACGAGGACUUGGCCCAUGGGGUGCGCCAGGCCGGGCCGGGGGCUGCGGCGAUGGUGCCGGUGCCGGUGCUGGUGGGCUGCGUCCUGGGGGCCUUCACCCUGGGGGCUCUGGCCACCGGGCUGCUGGUGGCCAUCUGCCGCCGCCCCCCCGGCCCCAAGGGACCCCCGGAGCCCCCCGCCACCCCGCGGCCCCCGGCCCAGCCGCCCGUCCCCCGCCUCUACCCCCUGCUGCCGCCCCAGGGUGGGCCCGGAGCCCUGCGGGACCCCCCGGAGCUGCCCACCCCCGAGCCCACCCCGCAGCCACCCACCAAGACACCCCGGGAACGGGGGACGGAGCCUCGGCGCCCCCAAAUCACCCAUCUCGGCACCCCGGGCUGCCCGGAGCCCCCCCGGCCCGGGACCCCCACCCAAGAUGACUCUGGAGCUGCUGCAGCGGCUGCACGGGCCGGGGGGCUCCGGGUGGCCCGUGACCCCCCCGGGCACCGGCUCCUUCACCAACCGGGUGCAGCCGGGAGCCCCGUUCUCCGGCCUCCCCCCGGCCCCCCGGGAUGGGGGUCCCCGGCGGCUGGACGUGCCCCCCGACAGCCCCCCCCCGCCCCGCCGGCCCCUGGCUCAGAGACACUCCCUGGGGGGGGCACCGGCCAGGCCCCCCGGGCUGGGGAGGGGGCUCACCCGCAUGCACUCCCUGGGGACCCCCGGGGGGCCGCCCUGGGGACCCCGGCCCGGCGCCCUGGAGCGCUCCCUCUCCGUGAAGCCCCCCGUGCUGCCCAAGCCCCUGCUGCUGCCAGCGGCCCCCGGGCGGCCCUGAGCCCUCCCCUGGGGACCCCCCCCACCCAUGGGACACCCCUGCUGGGGUGGUGGGGACACCUGAGCCAUCCCCCACCCUGGGUGGCAGGGUCAUCACUUCAGUGACUCCGUGGCAUGAAGGUCCCCGGGUCCCCAGGGUGGCUCUCACCAGGGUGACAAGGGUCCCCGUGUCCCCAGGGUGGCUCUCACCAGGGUGACAAGGGUCCCCGUGUCCCCAGGGCGGCCUCCAACGAGGUGACAAGGGUCCCCGUGUCCCCAGGGUGGCUCUCACCAGGGUGACAAGGGUCCCCGUGUCCCACAGCCACCCCAUCUCCCCACCCAGGGUGACAGGAUCCCCACAAGCCUGAGCCACCCCCAUGUCCCCACUCAGGGUGACGAGGGUCCCCGCGUCCCAGCCCAGGGUGACAAAGGUCCCGUCUCCCUGGGCUUGUUUGUUGGGUUGUUGUUUGUUUUUUUUUUAAUCCUUUCUAAUUUAUUUGCUGCUUUUGGCUGCAGUCCCGGCCCGUCCCCCCCCUUGGGGACACCAGGACACGGUGGCUCUUCAUGCAGAGCUCGGUUGGUCCUACCAUGUAGGGCCAGGGCUCAGUCCCACCAUUAAAGAUGUGGUGGCUCCUGCA